AUGGCUGCUAUGGGUUGUUUUAAGUAUCAAUUCAAGGAGGAUCUUGAUCCACCAAACCCUAACCCUAACCCUAACCCUAACCCCUCUCGCCGCACCGCCCCUGCUAAACCCUACUUCUUCUUCUUCUCCCCCGUCCGUUGCUCCCCCCCUAACCCUAACCCUAGCCCCAAUCCCGGUGAGUACCCUCCCUCCAAUCCGAUCCAGCCGAGCUACGCCUCCGCCCCGCCCUAUUCCCCCUACUCCGCCGCCGAUCCCUACCCUCCGUACUCGCAGAACCCCGACGUACCCCCCUCGGCCCCUUCCUAUUCCCAGCCCCAAUCCCAAUCCCAAUCCCAAUCCCAAUCCCAAUCCCAAUCCCAGAUCCCCCAAUUCUCUUCCACACCCUACAAUCCCUCGCCUUACCCUCCGGAGCCGUCUCCGGCGCCCUACGGAACCCUGCAGCAGCCUCCCUCCGUGCCAUAUUACCCGUACGAUGCGCAUCAGCCGGCCGCGAAUUAUGCUCCGCCCGCGAACCCUAAUUCCAAUCUCAGCUCAUCCCCGAACCCUAAUCCCUCGUUUUCCUCGGCUUAUCCUUCCUACGAGAACAACCCCUAUGAGACCGCCCCCGCUCGAUUUGAUCAAGGCGGUGGGUACUUCGGCGGCAAUUUGGGGAGCUACGGGUCGGGAUUCAAUCAGGAUUUCUAUGGGAAGCAGCGGGAAAGCGGGCCGCGUUACGAUCGGAGCGGCAUGCACGACGACGCGCCCAAUGAUGGGGUCUAUGCCUAUGACGGCGGCCGGUCGGAGCCGUAUGGAGCUCGGGGCACGGCGCCUACUAGGUCCUCUACUUUGUUCGAUGACUAUGGAAGGUCCAUUAGCUUCUCUUCGGGCGGAAAAGAAAAGAGUGGUGGGAGCCCUGCGAAGAUUGUGAGGGCGGUGCCGAAGGCGGAUACUCAGCAGGAUGUCAAGAGCGGCGUGCAGAAGUUCCGGGUGAAGCUGUUGGCUGAAGGAUCUGGGCAGAGCACCAUGGAUGUCCUUUGCCAGGUUGGGUUAGAUGGAAUAAGGAUGCUGGAUCCAAGCACUAAUAGAAUGUUAAGGAUCUAUCCUCUCGAGACAGUUACAAGAUGGGAAGUAUUAGACUCAUCUAUCUUCGCCUUUUGGUCUAAGAGCUCUGUUGACAUUGAACCGAGGAGGAUAAGGUUGCAGUCAAACAGCUAUACAACCAGUACCAUACUAGAUACAGUGACAGCUGCAACAGUGCAGUUUAAGGAGAUGGGUGGCAAUAACCUAGCUAGAAGCAAAAGUGCCGAUGCUGGCAAGUCCUCUGAACAGCCUAGUGAAAAGAAGAAAGGCUUUAUUGACUGGAUGAACAUAAUAAAACCUGGCAAUGAGGAGAAAGAGCAUUGGGUUCCAGAUGAAGCAGUCAAUAAAUGCACCUCUUGUGGAGCAGAUUUUGGAGCUUUCAACCGCAGGCAUCAUUGCAGGAAUUGUGGUGAUAUUUUCUGUGACAAGUGCACCCAGGGUAGAAUUGCUCUCACUGCCGAUGAUAAUGCUCAACCAGUUCGAGUCUGUGACAGAUGCAUGGCUGAAGUUUCUCAUAGGCUGAGCAACGCCAAGGAAGCUGCCAAUAGACCUGCUGCACCUGCCAGUCAUGAAGAUCUUGCCAGAAAGCUUCAGGAGGAAAUGGAGAAAAAUCGGAAGUCAUCCUCAGUGUCGAGUUCCUCUGAAGGGUCUGGGAGGCGAAUGAGGGAGGUAGCUUGUCCCAUCUGCACUGUCCAUCUUCAGGUGCAAGUUCCAACCUCUGGAUCUGAGACCAUAGAAUGCGGCGUCUGCCAACACCCCUUCCUCGUUAGUGCUCAUUGAAUGGCGAAUUCUACCAUGCUGUGCUAAUGGUUUCGGAAGCAUCAUAAAUUUGUCUAUCUUAUAAACAAUUUGCUUUAGCUCCUUAUCUUUGUAUAUGUUUCUUGGUUUUCCCUAUUGUAUAAAAUCUUUCGCCACUGUGUAUUGAUUCUGUACUUAGCGAGCAUGCAUAUGUGUGAACUGGUUUACUAUAACGGUAACUAGAAUUUGGCGAUGAAAUUGAUAUGAUGGGUUUUUAUUUUCUGUAAGAGGAAAAAAGCGUGUCGACUAAACUGAGGAGUUUUACUAACCAGAAUAUAUUUUGUGCAUUGCUUGAUCUCA